AUGGAGUACGGGAUGAUUCAACGUCGCAGUAAGCGCCAACGAGGACUAGAUGCUAGCGUUGAACCACUUAAGUCUGGGAAGAAACGCACGUUAUUGAAUGCAAUUGUAGACGAAGAGCAAACACAACAUCAAGCAGAGCAUCAUACAGAAGAAGAGCAUCAAGAAGAAGAGAUUCAAGAAGAAGAGCUUCAAGGAGAAGAGCAGCCAAAAAAGGACUUCAGAAAAGAUAAAGAAAAAAUUCCAGAAGCUGCAGAGGACGAACAUAACUCAAAGCCGAAGUCAAGGAGAGGAAGAGGACCAACCAGAUUGAGUAGAGUUGCUAAAAAUCCUGAGGAUAAGAUCGACAUUGAAUUUAACACUCUCGGUGAGCAUAUUGGAGAUGGCUCAGUGCUACUUUCAUCCUUUCUGGGUAUUCUUGUGAGAGAGCAUGUACCAGUGUUACUCGAAGACUGGAGGCAACUCGAUGAACUUACAAGAGACACAAUGUGGGAGGAAAUUCAGGCAAGGUUCAACUUGAAAGAACAAUGGCAAAAGGAUGCUAUUAUAAAACAAAUGGGUGGUCUCUUCAGGGCAUCAAAAUCACGGCUGGUGGCCAAUAUCCGUGCUAUAAGUAGCAGGGAAAAAAUUAUUAACUUAAAACCAAGCAAUAUUCCCUCUUUGGCAACUUGGCUAAAUUGGGUGAAGAGCAAGAAAGGAGAAGAUUUUAAGAAAACAAGUGCCCACUUCAGGGAAUUGCGUAGGAGUCAGAUCCCGCACACUACAGGACGCAGAGGAAUGGUUCGUCUAACUCAUAAAAUGAAGAAGCAGAGCAAGGAGCCUGAAAAGGUUACUAGAAGUAAGGUUUGGAUUGAAGCACACACACAUAAAGAUGGGAGACCCGCGAGACCAGAAUUUGAAGAAACCAUUGAAAAAAUCAAAACAAUUGAUAGUGAGCUCGACUCCACUGCUAGCACGAAUAUUAAAGAAGAUGCUGUGAGUAAAGUCUUAGGACAAGACAGACCAGGAAGAGUUAGAGGUCUAGGCCGAGGGAUUACUGCAUCAAAGUUAGCUAUAUUGGCAGCUAGAGACACACACGUCAUGAAGCUUGAGGCCAAACAAGCAGAACUAGUGGAUGUAGUUCGUGGCUUGCAGGAACAACUUCAUAACUUGACUGAAUCAAGGAGAGUUGAAGUUGGGUCUACCUCUGAAGUGAAUACUGAUGUUUACAAAGGGGGCCGUGGAUGUCAGAUUUUGGAUUGGUGUGUAGAGGAAGAGGUUGUUAUUGGGGAAGGAGAGUUUGUUUCAUCUGACGCAGCGUACAAGAUUGGACGCAUUCCAAUAGGUCCUAACACGGCUGCUAUUAUUGUCAAGUCAUAUGAGGAGCAAGAAGCAGGGCCACUAUGGAGGCCUUCAGUAACUGUCAGAACACUGAGGCAAGCUGUUGGACAAGUUAUCGCAUGGCCAGUAGAUAGGUUCAUAUUGGACAGUGAAAUGGACUCUCCAACUCAUAAGACUGCUGGUUCUGCGGUGACAAGUGAUGAUAAGAUAAACAUAUAUGAUUGGAAUUCAACUGGUGUAAUUGUUACUGAGGGUCGUUUGUGUUCGACGGACCCAGAUGAUCUGGUAAACGACAUCCCACUAGGUCCAGGUGCUGCUAUUGUGAAGGUUGAUGUGGCAGUUGUUGAAGAUGCAUAUCAAUGGAGACCAGUUUCUGAUGAAAUGUUUCUGAUGAGUCAUGCAGUUAAGAUGAAAAUCUCAUGGCCUCAAAAUAAGAUUCAACAGAUUAGUCAGCAAGCCAUGAAGGAGACGAUAUCAAAGAAUAGCUCUCCCAAGAGUGUAAGUCACAGCUCUGAUAGCAGCAAAAGUGGUAAAAGAAAGUGCAUCCUCUUAGAUUGCGAAGGGUCUGGCAAUAAGGUGGCUGAAGGUAGAGUUUUUUCAACCGAUCCAGAAGCUAAAGUUCAUUUUGUCCCCUUGGGUCCCAAUGCAAGCAAGGUAUGGGUCGAUGUCGUUAAAAUUGGAGAAGCACCUGUUUGGAGAGGAAAUUCAGAGAUUCAGUUCAUUGAUGAUGCUUUAGGUGUUCCAAUAGCUUGGCCUAAUGAAUUUCUCAUUAUCUGUUGAAUUAGAGAAUGAACUUGUCGUUGGAUAUCUUUUUAUGAAUUAUGUAUGAUACUUUGGCUUUUAAUCUGAUAUUUUAGUGUUUUUAAUUUCGUUAA